AUGGCGGAUCAACAGUGGGAGUGGGGCCCUUCGGAGGAGGUCCAGACUAGGGAGAAGCAUGAGGCCAAGUAUGAUUUCGAGAAUGAGGGCGAGAAUGAUCGCAACGGUGGUACUCAGAACGGCCGCAACGGCGACGACGCCGCUAGCGCCUUUCGUGACGCGGAUAAUGGUGACGCCAGGCGUGGUUGCUUCAAUUGUGGUGAGGAAGGCCACAACAAGGCGGACUGUCCGAACCCUCGAAAGUUCACCGGCACCUGCAAGCAUUGCGGCGUUGAGGGUCACAUGGUGAAGGAUUGCCCUACCCGUGAGCCUAUUGUCUGCCGCAACUGCGGCCAGGAAGGUCACGGCCGCUCCAAGUGCGAGAACGCCCGAGUCGUCGAUCGUAGCCAUAUCCCCGACGUCUGUCCUGACGACGCUUGGGCCGAUCUCGCGACCGCCAUCCGUGAGCGAGACCUUGACGAUGUCAAGGAAGCUGUUGCUAAGUACUGCAAGGCCUGUCCCACAAUGACCUAUCGGGACUUCCAAGAGGCUCUGAUGGAGCAGAACAUGAAUCUUUUCCUUAUUGCCAUGGAGCGACCUCUGUUGCCAUCGUACACCAACAUGGACCUCCAAGGCAAUCUUUACAAGAAGUACACCGUCUCUUUUCGCUUCAGCGAUCAGCCUUCCCGUCCCCGUGAGAAGGAUGGCUGGCCUGUGGAUCGUGAGGAGCUGCUUGCCCGCCUCCAGGAUGCAGGUGAGGUCGUUGAGACUGGUAUUCCCCAGUGCAGCAACUGCAAGGAAAUGGGCCAUACACGGAAGCACUGCCAGGCUGAGCCUGUCGAGAAUGAGAGCCGCACAGUCAUCAAGUGCUACAACUGCGAUGGUGUUGGCCAUCGCGUGCGAGACUGCCCGGAGCCACGCGGUAUGAAGAAUGCCUGCCGCAACUGCGGUAAGCCGGGACAUCGUUCCAACGAGUGCGAGGAGCCACGAUCUGCCGAGAAUGUUGAGUGCCGCAAGUGCAAUGAGACUGGUCACUUCGCCCGUGAUUGCCCCCAGGGAGGUCGCGGCCCUCGUGCCUGUCAUACCUGCGGUAGCACUGAGCAUCUCGCCCGAGAGUGCCCUGAUAAGCAGGGCGGUGGCGGUUCCCGCUCGUGCUUCAACUGCGGAAGCACUGAUCAUCUGGCUCGAGAGUGUCCCGAGAAGGAGAAUGCCGACAACGAAUCUGAGAAGGGCCCGCGCUCCCCCGUGGCAGACAAUGAUGCUGACGAUGGCUACAACGCUUCCCACACCAAUGAUGGCUGGUAA